CAGUUUUCUUUAGGGUGAUUCAACAUCGGUCGAGCAAGUCUGCUAACUAACGAUGGGCAGCAAGGGCGGCGAAGCUCCAACUAUGGAUGUAGAGAUCCCGAUGGAAGAGGGAGAGCCACUGGGAGCAACGCCUAACGACAAGCUUGUCAUUACCAAAGUACAAGGUGGAACUAUUGCUGACGGCAAACUUAGGAUUGGUGAUCAGAUCAUCAAGGUUAAUGGUCAAUCAAUUUCUGAUCAGAACAGCUUCUUUAGAGCGCUUCGCUAUGCUCCACCAGUAGCUAGACUUACUAUUAUCAGAGAUGAAAAGAAAGCUGAAGAACUCGAAUCACGCAUUCGUAUACCAGAAGCACGUGCAAAGCUUAUUCAAAGAAGAGAUGGAUACAUUUACUUCCUGGCAAAACUGGUAUGGGUACCAAGUGGACCGAAACUCGGAUUGGGUAUCAAGCACUUCCAAAACCGUGUACUAGUAUCACGUUGUGAUCCUGGUUCACUGUCGGCCACACAAUUAGCGGUUGGAGAUCACAUAAUCGACAUUGACGGCGUACCUGUCACUGAUAAGGAUGUGGCAAGAGAUUUACUGAUCAAAGCUUUACAGGAAAAGAGAGAAGUCUCAUCCGUCGUGGAACGUCCCGACACGAUGGAGGCGAAACAUUGGACUCAACAAGCUCUUGUGACGCAAAUUAAUCAACCGCCAUCCGUGCAAAUGAACUCAGAUGUGCGUGCCAUAGCAGCAAGAGAGCGCGCAAGAGUAAAGAAACCUAAACCGCAACCGAAAUCCAUCCUUCGUCAAUCGACAAACACAAAACCGAUCCAAAUCAAUGAGGAAGUGGCUUCACAUAUCAUCGCAUCUGACAAUGAAGGACGUGCAUUGAGACCCGUCAGAAAGUAGAUGAAACUCAAAUAGAUAAAAGAUCCAACAAUU